AUGAUCCCCGGAUUAAAUCUCAUUCAGCACAAUUCCGAACAAGAAACUAGCUCGUAUUCGACCGAACACACAGUCAAGCAAGAGCAGGAUCAACAAGUGGACUUCCAGGAAAUCGAAACCGAAACCAAGGAAGAGGAAACCCGGAAAAUUAUCCAGUUCGAGUCCACCGACGCAGCUAUGAAGAAUGAGACAGAAGCGAACAAAUUCAAAAUUGAACCCACUGCCCCUCUCAGCGAAGCUAUGGACGUUGAGCAGGAUGCCCACCAAGACAACAUGAUCGAAGCCUCUGGUCAGGCUGGCGAUGACAAGGAAGAAGAGCACCCCGAGUGGGAGGUUGACUCUUCACCAUACGAGUCAUCUUCAGACAGCUCUGAUUCCUCGGACUCCGAUGAUAGUGACGAUGAAGACUAUCCUAUACUUAGCGCAGAGGAGCAAGCUCAGAUUCUUAUGCGGGCCGAAGGUGGUUCUGACGACGAAGGAGAUGGCAAGGGGAAAGCAGGAGGACAACUGCGGACCACCAACGAGAUCGAGGAGGAGGUCCUGCCUAUCCCUGACGUUAAGAUCACCCCCGAAAUGAAGAUUGUGUAUCUCGGCAAAAUUCAUGCCGCUAUUGAUAAAAAUGUUCUUAUCGAGGCUAAUACCUCUGGAGAAUAUCAGGUACUUGAGUCGGGAUCCUUGCUGUGCUCCGAUGAUCGCCAGGUCAUUGGCGUAGUAGCAGAGACCCUGGGCAGAGUAGAGAAUCCUCUAUAUACCACCACAUACGCCACAGCAUCCGAAGUUCAGGAAAAGGGCUUAGUCAAGGGCAAGGAUAUCUUCUAUGUUGAGGAGCACUCCACCUUUGUGUUCACCCAGCCGCUCAAGGGCAUGAAGGGAAGUGACGCUUCUAACUUCCACGACGAGGAAGUUGCCGCUGAAGAAAUGGAAUUCUCUGACGAUGAAGCGGAGGCUGAAUACAAGCGGAAACUGAAGCAGAAGCGUCAGGAGCGAAAGGAAGCCAGGGAAGGCCCCAAAGGCAAGAAGCCUGCCCCGGGACCAUCAAAAUUGAACCAGAGCGAGCUCAACUACGACGAUGCCGGAGGUGAGGAAGGCUACACCCCGCUUGCACGCCCUACCAAUCUCCACGAGAUGAUGAAUACUCGUGAGCCGCCGGUUGAAGGCAACGAGCGUGGUGGGUUCCGUGGCGGAAGAGGUCGUGGCCGGGGUGACCGUGGACGCGCAGGACGAGGCAGAGGUGGACGCGGAGGAAGGGAGUGGGAUCAGGAUCGUCGACCCCAGCAGGCCAGCGGCUCAACCCACGAGCCUCAGCCUCAGCCUCAAGCCCAGCCUGCUGUUCCCUACAGCCAGCCAAUUUACCAGCAACCCCAGCAGCCAUACGGGAUGCCCCGGCCUUUCACUGCGUAUGCGCAGUACUCACAGCAGCAGGCCCAGAGCCCGCAACUAGUGCAACAGCAACAGCCGCAAUUCGGCCAAGGUGGAGCGCAGCCACAGAUGCCAUUCCAGUUCUCUCCAUACCCGGCCUUCCAACAACCACAACCCAACAACCUCCAGAACGCCCAACAGGGUGCUCCUCAGUUUAAUUCUCAAUCCCUGGCUAUGUUGCAACAACAACAGCAGCAACAGUUCCUGCAGCUUCUGCAACACCAACAGCAUUACCAACAGUCUCAGCAGCAUUACCAACAGCCUCAGCAACAGUAUCAGCCUCCCCUGGCCCAAAACGCAGCUAUGAACUUUGACCAAGUUAAAGCUCAGCUGGAUCUGCUACGCAAUUUGAGCGGCGGGAACCAGGGUCCUCCUCCUUCUUGA